GGCAGCAUGGUGCACCUGUACAACCUGCACCCGUUCGGGUCCCAGCAGGUGGUGCCGUGCCGGCAGGAGCCGGAGCGCGUGUGCUGCGGGGGGGCCGACGCGCUGUUCGUGGCGGCCGGCCGCAAGGUGGAGGCCUUCGGCGUGGGGGCGCGCGGACAGUGCCGGCCGCGCGCCGCCUUCCUCACCCUGGGCCCCGUCCUGCGCAUGCGCUACAGCCAGCCCGGAGAUUAUCUGGUGACUCUGGAGGAAAAAAACCAAGCCACUUACCUGCGGGCGUACGUGAACUGGAGAUGUAAACCGGCGGAAAACUCCCGCGUAUGCAUCCGGAUGAUGGGGCACGCCACGGACAUGUCGUACACUGAAACCUUCAAGGACCAGAUGUCCAUUAUUGAAAUGCCUCUCUCGGAGCCUCCUCUCUGCCUUUCCUGUUGCCCCCUCAAAGGAGAUCUCCUUGUUGGCUGCAGGAACAAGUUGAUUCUGUUUGGUUUGAAGUUUCAAGCCAUAAACGAAGAGUUCUCCGUGCUGGACUUUGAACUGUCCUUGAUCGUUCAUGUAAACGACAUCCUCCCCGUGGAGAUUUCAUUUUGCGCCAACUACGUGGCUCUCAUGGCAGACUUGGAAGUCUUAAUUCUGAAACUGGAGCCAUCUCAGGAAGGUGGAGAGAAGAGUCUCCUAGAUCCACCUAAGAUGAGCAACGUGGGCAAGUGGACGGAGGAUGGCUUGAGGAGCGAAGCAUCUACAACACUGACUUCUCAGCUCGAGUCGGAAGAUUUUGUCAUCUGCCACAAGCCUACGGAACUUUUUGGGGAAAACAUUAAGCAGUCUGGAAUAUCGAUCCUAUUGGAGUCCACAGGGUUAAGUGGCGAAAACACAAAGGAUUACCACAUCCAGUAUCUUCUCUACAGGCGUUUUUCCCCUGAUCUCUCUUCCUACACCUUCACGGCUGAAGAGACCAAGUUGCACUCACUCCAGCUGCUCCCAAUAUACCAGACAGGGUCUCUUGCUCCGGAUGACAAAACUCCACCUCAAGAAAAGGAGUUGCUGAGUAUCUUUUGCUUUUUCUCGUUGCCUCACGUCGGAUAUCUCUAUGCGGUCACUGACGCCGUGGAGCUGAUUUCAGUCUACCAAUAUCCAGAGAAAUCCAAGCAAGCCGUUCUCACCCCUCAGUUCCUACAUGUCAUUACAAGUAACAACUUGCAGUGUUUCACAGUAAGAUGCAGUGCAGCAGCAGCUCGGGAUGCGGACCCCUAUGUGGACACCACCCUGAAGGCUUGUCCCCCUGUUAGUCUGGAUGUUUGUGUAUUAAGAAUGCAGCUCUUUAUAGGGCUGAAAGCAAUUUCUCACUUUAAAAAUCAUGUGAUCCUGUUGACCAAGGCAGAUUCUGAGGAUAUUACGGAAAGAAGAAAAUCAUCCAAGCGGCUACCGUCCCGGAAAGGUGACAGUGUUAAAAUCAGGACGCCUCCUGUGACUGAAACUGGGUGGAAUUUGUAUAUUGUGGAUACUGUUUCAACUAUUCAACUUUACAGAGAAAUGGUAGACUACAGUCAGACUUAUAAAACCGGGAGAACUCAGAGCUGCAUCCACCUGCUGAGCGAGGCCCAUCUGUUACUAAGAGCCGCUCUUAUGGAUCCCUACCUCACAGACUCAGGAGAGAGAGAUAAACUCCUGGAAGCAUUCAGGGACAGCUGUGGACAUCUGGGAGACUGUUACAGCAGGCUCGAUUCUAUGCACUCCCAUCUUGCCCUGCCUUAUUACAAGAUGUCCAGCCUAACUAUGGCUGAAGUUCUGGAUAGGAUAGACUCGACAGCAGAAGGUGAUUCCCAGAAGUACGAGAGAGGUUUUAUCUUUUACAUAAAUCACUCUCUUUUUGAGGACCUGGAUGAGGAAUUGAGUGAGGAGAAGGCAGCAAAAGUGAUUAAAAUUCUCAGUGUCGCGGAGCCAAAGCAGCUGCCCCAUGCCAUUUGCAGCCCCUGCUUGAAGAACUUGGACCCUUUAAUUGCAACGAAGGCCUUGAGAAAGCUGGAAAGCUCUGGACCAUCGUCCAUCCUUGUGACUUUGACCACAGCCUCCUUGGCUCUGAAAAUGGGAAAUCAUGACAUGUUCACGAGUGAGAUGAAUCGCCUUCCAGAGAUGAAGUUGGUUUACGGCUUUAUUUUGGAACCACGGUUGCUGGUACGACAGAGAAAAGGGCAGCUCGUUCCAACGGAGUUUGCGGUUCACCUAAAGGAGAAUCAGCCGGGAUUGCUGGUGGCCUCCCUAGUGGGCUUGCAGGAUAAUAACAAAAUUGAAGUGGAAGAAGCCGAGUCUUUAAUUAAGGCGCUUUGUGAGCACGAUCAAGAUGGUGUUCCUCAGCUCCUGAUAGACUUCUGGGAAGCCCAACUUGUAGCGUGCCCCCAGGAUGUGGCACUCCAAGAACUGUUUUUCAAACUGACUUCCCAAUACAUCUGGAGAUUAACGAGGAGACGGGCACCAGACACCAAACCAUUGAAAACCUCGGAGGAUCUGAUAAAUUCCUGUAGUCAUUUUGGGUUAAUAUACCCCUGGGUUACCUGCUUGACAUCCACUGAUCCUUCACCAGAUAAAAGUUAUUCUGAAGAUCUUUCCCGAUUACAGUCUCUUCUGUGCAGCCCUUCACUUGACAUCACUUGCGUCCUGCCUUUCUUGGAACCAUUAUUGGAAGGCACGGGAGCUGGUCUCAGCGUGCGUGUUCUGUGUAGUGCCCGCCUGAAAGAGCAUGAAAAAUCAAUAGACAUCCUGCUGGAGGCAUGCCCUGAGGCAGUCAUACCGUAUGCCAACCAUGAACUGAGAGAAGAGAAGCGGGCUCUGUGGUGGAAGAAACUGCUGCCUGAGCUUUGUGAGCGGACAAGGCUUGGUGGGGAUCGCUAUGAAGUACACCUCACGUCGCUGAAAGAAACGUUAUCGGUGGUGGCCAUGGAGUUGGAGCUGAUGGAUUUCAUGACCGUCUUGCCGGAGAGUGGGACCGCUGCCUUUUUCCUUCCCUACCUUCUCUGCUGCAGUCAGAAGAAACACAUGCCUUGAACUCCCUAAUGAGAGAUCGAUUUGGCAAUGCACCAGGAAAGCGGGGAGCAGAGACCGAACGGACGGUUGCCAACACGGGCUACCUUAUCCUGCAUGAAGAGGUGGCAACACAACUCUGGUGAGAUGAGACUGGAGGCUGGCCAUGUUAACCGUUGCUAAAAAAAGACUUAAAAAUAUGAAGGUCCCUCAAAGAAACCCGAGUAAGUUCACAGCAGAAAUGAAACUGAUUUUAUGGAGCCGCUUGGAACACACUAGCCGCUCUCAUUAACCAGUCAUUCAGUAUAUGAACGUCUUCUUAGCCUUGAGAACGUAUUUUACUUAAAUAGUUGAAGGAACGCCUCACCCUGGCUUAGACUUGUUUUUUAUUAUUUACCGUUGCUGGCCAAAACAGGAAAUAAAAAUGUGUGCUUGGCUCAAA